AUGUAUGAUUAUCAAUCUCAAACGAGUCUCCCACCGAUUCGUGCACGUCAACAACGACCAUCUGGAGUUCAAGUUCAACAAUUAUAUGAAAGUAGUCCAGUUCUAGCUACAAUUUCACAUCAUCAAUCGAAUACACAAUAUACAUCACAUAAACUACAGCAUGGUGAUUCGUCUACAAUUGUUAACGGAAAUGCAACAAUAAUUAAUAAUAAUAAUAAUGGAACAACGAAUGGUUAUCAUACUCAUCAUCUUCGUCAAAAUAGUAUAUCACAACCGCCUGCUCUUCAACAGACAUCUGAACAAUCGUUACGUAAAAGUCCGAGUGUCGAUAGUAUACUUAGUGUACAGUCAUCAUCACAACAACGACGAACUAAUGCACUUGAUCCUGAUACUGCUAUGAAAACUUAUAUGUCGAAAUUGACAGCCUAUGAACGACAUGAAAUAUUUUCUUAUCCACAAAUUUAUUUUGUUGGACAAAAUGCACGUAAACGACAAGGAGUAGGUGGUGGACCAAAUAAUGGUAAUUAUGAUGAUGAAAAUGGUUCCUAUGUUGCUAUACAACAUGAUCAUAUUGCUUAUCGUUAUGAAGUGUUAAAAAUUCUUGGCAAAGGUUCAUUUGGUCUUGUUGUUAAAUGUUAUGAUCAUAAAAAUGGUCAACAAGUUGCAUUAAAAAUAAUUCGUAAUGAAAAACGUUUUCAUCGACAAGCUCAAGAAGAAAUUCGUAUAUUAGAACACUUACGUAAACAAGAUCGUGAUAAUACAUUUAAUAUAAUUCAUCUAUUUGAAUGGUUUCAAUUUCGUAAUCAUAUUUGUAUUACAUUUGAAUUACUUUCAAUGAAUUUAUAUGAAUUAAUUAAGAAAAACCGUUUUCAAGGUUUCAGUUUACAAUUAGUACGAAAAUUUGCACAUAGUAUAUUACAGUGUCUUGAUGCUCUAUAUCGAAAUAAAAUCAUACAUUGUGAUCUUAAACCAGAAAAUAUAUUAUUAAAACAGCAAGGUAGAAGUGGAAUUAAAGUAAUUGAUUUUGGUUCAAGUUGUUUUGAACAUCAACGUGUUUAUACUUAUAUACAAUCGAGAUUUUACAGAGCACCUGAAGUUAUUCUUGGAGCUAAAUAUGGAUUACCAAUUGAUAUGUGGAGUCUUGGAUGUAUUUUAAGUGAAUUAUUAACUGGUAUGCCUCUAUUUCCUGGCGAAGACGAAGCUGAUCAAUUGAGUUGUAUCAUUGAAGUAAUUGGAAUGCCUAGUCAAAAAGUACUUGAUGCUUCAAAACGAGCAAGAAAUUUUGUUAGUUCGAAAGGACAUCCAAGAUAUUGUACAGUAACAACAUUACCUGAUGGAACAACUGUUUUACAAGGCGGGCGUUCAAAACGUGGAAAACAUCGUGGAUCACCGGGUAGUAGAGAUUGGUCACAAGCAUUAAAAAAUUGUGAUGAUCCAUUAUUCAUUGAUUUUCUUAAACGUUGUCUUGAAUGGGAUCCACAAAUAAGAUUAACACCAGCACAAGCCUUACGACAUUCUUGGCUUCGUCGUCGUUUACCAAAACCUCCAUCUGAAGCUCCACCACCAAAUCGUCCAUCAGCUGUACUUCGUCAUCAUCAUUUACUUGCCGUCCAACAACAACAAAAUACAUCAAAUGGUGAUAUAAGUGUAGCUGCAGGUAGAACAAAUAGUGGUCUAGGUGGUAAUACUGGUAUUUAUACAACUCAUCAUCAUCAUCAACCACAACAAUUAUAUAAUACAACUAAUAAUACAAACUCAAAAAAUUUCUCUUCCACAAAUGAGCUCAAUCGACACCAAAAAUUACCACAUAUUGGUGGUGUUCAACUUAAUUCCAUUAUGGACUAA